GGACAGGGUUUGGGGGGGGUGGAGUGGGAGAGUUGCUGCUGUGAAUGGAAGUCAAGACAUCGGUUCACAUUUCACAAUCAGUUGAUGUGUUUUAGUUAUGUUCAAACUGUUCUCAUAAUGGCCAAUAGACUAUUUGACCGUCUUUGGUAGGCCUAUGUCAUUUACUAUAUAGGCCCACUAUAUACCAUUUCAAUAAAGAUUUGUGAGUAGGCCUACAGUAAUCAAUAUUUUGUGCAUUUUGUUGCUUUUAUUUUGUUGAAUGUGGGCUUAAUAAACUGCACCUGUUCUAAUUCAUCAAGGUGUCAUAUUCUGUUCACAUAGGUUCUGCAAAUGCAUUGAAUGGGGGAGGGGAAAUACUGCAAAUAUAUGUAGGCUAGCCUACGUCUUAAUUUGACUUUUUAAAUAUUUUAAAUUUCAACAGAUUUGAAAGUGACAUAGCCUAUUUACCCUGCCCACCUUAGGAAGGCACCCAUAAUUGGACAUGCGCAGAUUUGCUGUCAUUCCAACAGGUCUCAGCGUCGGGAGAGGCAUGUCCAUUCCAGCCAGUGGCCACCGAAACUCAAUUGAGACGCCGUCGGCUGUCAGGCAGAGAAAGAGAGCAAACCUUUAGGUUGGACAAGAUGACUUUGGAACUCAGACAUAGCCCAGGUCAAUAAAAGAGGUCGUGUUUGAAAUCAGCUUUAGCCUAUAUUAGGUCAUGUUAGAGAGAAAAAGUUUACACUAGUCGACUUUUGUUUUCAGCCGAUAUACGCUAACCAGAUAGCUAACGUUAACAGUAACGUUAGCUUUCCAUCUAACCGUUUUAGUUUUAAACUAAUUUAUGUUUUAUUUAUAAAAUAUGUAUGUGAAGUAGCCAUACAGUCUCUCUAAGCUUGUGGAACCCCAUGAAACACUACGAGGUAGACCCAAAGUGAUGUCUGAGGGGGCAGCCAGACCCUCGUCCCCAUCCCCUUCAGUCUCACUGCUGGAAGUCAAAGCUGACACUCAACUGGUACUCAAGUCCUUCCUGCGUAAUGCGCUGUCUGUUCCCGCGGCUGAGCGGCCUGGCAGGGUGGGCGGGACCUACCGCGACUCCAAUAAGUACUCUGCCAGCAGCAAGUCGCAGAAGAAGGCAGAUAAUGGCUGGGACUCGUGGGAUGAGGCCAUCAGCUCUGCUGAGGAGAAGAAGCACAGCAUCAAAACCCUCAUCAAGAGACGACUGCGUCCCCGCACACUCCAACGGCCUGAGGCACCGCGCAAAAGCGAGACGUUGGAGAAGGACAGAAAACCUGUCCAGUCAAAGAAUGACCAGCCUGCCACUCACUCAGAGACCCUGCAUAAGAAGCCUGAGCAGGAAGAUGUGGGCUCCUCGCCUUCCUCUCCCGAGGAUGAAGAAGAGAAGAAGCAGGGCGAGGACGGGAAUAAGAAAAAGACGAAGAGCAAACGCAAAAUGCAGUUCUCUUCAAUCUUCUCUAUAAAAGCUUUAAAUCCAAGCCCAAGAGUGACGAUCCGAAAGGCCCAGCACACUGGUGGUCUCAUUCUUUUGAGCAUGUCUGUGCCCAAAGCCCACCCUCCCGAGUUCUAUGAGGACGUGGCCGAUACUCUGGAGCGGAUCGCCAGGCAAAGCGUGAAGAAGAAGUCCAAACCUGUGCCGCUCUCCCUCAGUCCCCCGCCCAGCCAACCUGCAGUUUCAGCCAAUGCCAAGAACGAUGUGGUUCAACAGCUGGUCCAGAUGCUCUGUACAGAAGGUGACAUCAUGAAUGACAAGAUCAACGCUAACCCGUUUUUACGCACAUCACUGGACCGCCUUUCGUACCCCUCUUUCGCUAAGCUGCUGGACGCUUACGCUAGUCAAACACUGCCCCCGGCCACACCCCACCGGUCCCCGCCCCCCACACUACGCAAAGUGGCCCUCACCAUGGAGGCAUCGCGCCGCGUUCUCACGGCAACAGGUGCGCGUCAGCACCUGAAGGAGCAUGCUGAGCGUUACAUGGAGAACUUUGCUCCGUGGAUCAAGAACCAAGGAGGCUGGGAAAACAUUGUGGAGGAGAUCCAUGAGUAUGACUGACAGCUGGGAUCCUGAAGUGCUUUUUACAAUGGACUUAUCAUGAACUGUGGAUAUUGGAGUCAGCCAUGGAUGUGACAAAAAACAAACAAAAAAAAUUGUUGUAAUGAUCGUGACUGUUAUUUUUGUAAAACAGGUUUUCAGCCGAAAAGGCCAAAUUGUUUCUAUACCGUGCUUUUUAUACUAAUUUUUAAAUGUUUUUAAAGAAAUCAUGAAAACA